GUCUCUGCGCAGGCGCCACCUUGUCAAAAACACCAACGUGCACGUGCUUCCCUGUUUUUGGGCUCGGACACGCGCACGUCCAGUCUCUUACACUACAGUAGAGAAAGAUACGGACCAGACCGGACCCGGACCCGGACCCGAACCCGGAUCCGGAUCCGAACGAACCAGGAAGGAGUAAAGACGUGUUCACUGACUGCUGAGUAGAGGAGGAGGAGGAGGUAGAGAGGAGGAAGAAGAGGUAGAGUAAGAAGAGGAGGAAGAGGAAGAAGAAGAGGAAGAAGAGGAGGAAGAAGAGGAAGAAGAAGAGGAAGAAGAAGAGGAGCAGCUGGACAGAAACUUUCAGGAUGAAAAGUUCUGAAACUUCUUUGCGCGCCCCCGACUUUUAACGCACAAUGGACCGAUUGUGUCACCAGGCUCGGCUCUGACGUCACGGUCAGCUGAUCCAGAUCAGGACCUCAGCUCAGCGCGUGAACUGUCUGGGUUGGUUGUUUGUUUGUUUGUGAGGAUGAGUGGAGGUAAAAAGAGGAGUGGUUUCCAGAUCACCAGCGUGACCUCAGAGUUACACGAGGCUGUCCUCCAAUCAGACGCCUCCUCCUCCUGCAGCCCAAGGGGAAGCUCCUCCCACCCGACCACGCCCUCUCUGAAGAGGAAAUACAUUCCCCACGAUGCCACUGGACAGGGGGCGGGGUCUUCCUCCAGGUUCAGGGUGGUGAGGCUGGCAGUGGGCGGGGCCGACGGUGGUGGUGGGCGGAGCGAGUCGUAUCGACGUGGACGCUGGAUGUGCACGGACGUCACAGAGCGACGGAAAGGGGCGGGGCUUAGGAGGGUGAUGGACAGUAUGAGACACGCCCACUCACUGGAGUCCCUGGAGAUUAUUGGUCGGGACAAAGACAGAGGGGGGGUGCAUUCCCAGGAUGCCACCCACCUGUUGGCUCCGCCAGGAGGAGGAGUCAGGGGGGCGGGGCUGAUGUCUCCAACACUUAAAGAACCAAUCAACAACUGGCUCCUGGACAGCGAGGAGCCAAUGACAGCGCAAGAUCUAAACUCCACCCCUCCACGUCCUUCACCACGGCAACGACACGUCCCCCUGCCCCUUCGUCUGGACAUUGAUGCUGCAGGACGGUCUGUCCUCAGGCUGUCUCACUCUCAGCCCAGCUCCCCCCCUGCUGGACUGUACCAUCCCACUCUGACACCCAUUCACACCCCUGCUGACGUUGGUCUGGACCGAUCCACCAUGGACCUGCUGGGGGACAACAGUACUUCCAGUAACAGUCUGAUGGCCAUUGACAACAAAAUUGAACGAGCCAUGGACCUGGUGAAGAGUCACCUGAUGUUGGCUGUGAGGGAGGAGGUGGAGCUCCUGAGAGAACAGAUCAGAGACCUUCAGGAGAGAAACCAUCAGCUGGAACGAGAGAACGACAUCCUGAAGACCCUGACCCACAACAUACACAAUAAACACACAACCUGAAGAUCCUGACCCACAACAUACACAAUAAACACACAACCUGAAGACCCUGACCCACAACAUACACAAUAAACACACAACCUGAAGACCCUGAAGGUGAUGUGAUGAUGAUGAUGAUGAUGAUGAUGAUGAUGAUGGUGAUGAUGAAGAUGAUGAUGAUGAUGAAGGUGAUGGUGAUGGUGAUGAUGAUGAUGAUGAUGAUGAUGAUGAUGAUUGUGGUGAAGAUGAUGAUGAUGAUGAUGAUGAUGAUGAUUGUGGUGAAGAGGAGACUAAUAAAAGAACUAAACUAACA